AUGGUACCGUAUGCCAUGUGCACAGGUAUCAAUUAUUUGAAUCCACAAAAUUCUAUUCCAAUAAAUAAUCAGCAACUUGUAAUUCAACCUACUUCCUUGGAUUACUUUCAAAAAUGCUUACAACAGUAUUUAAUUGGAUUAUAUCAACCGUUUAUAUUACCGUAUCUCUGGCCAUGUUUGAGUCAACAACAACAGCAGCAGCAGCAACAGCAGAUACUACCAGGUGGAUACAUUCAGGAUACAACACAGAGAGUGGGUGGUUCGGUAAUGGUUUAUCGAAUGGUGUUCCGACCACCUUUCACAUGGACUUUUAAUUGUUUUUGUGAUUGCGAAGAGAAUACUCUCUAUGUGCCACGUGUUCCCGGACAACAUGCAAAUUUCACUGAAGCUGACAUAUAUGUUAAAGGCCAAUUACGUGAGGCAGUAUUGGAGGCAUUUCGUUCGAUCGGUGUCAUACCUGAAGGACUUAUUAUCACAACCAGUUUUUGGCCUUAUCCAGCAUUUAUCGUUAAUGAUAUUAACAUUGUAAAAGCAACUUAUAUCAAAGGGAAAUAUUUUUACACGCUUAAUGAGAAUGCAUUGGCACUACGAUGUGAAGCAAUUGAAACAACAAUAUGUAUUAAGAAAGGUAAUUUUAAAUCAUUUCAAGAAACAGCAACCCUUACAAUUGAUGUCUUAAAUGUGUUAACAGAAUUACAACGACAAGAACUUGCUACUGCAAUUCAACGAUCGUUGGAAAAACGAUAUGUCAUAUUUACCUCAGCAAUUCAAUUAUUAAAUGAUGAUAAAAAUAGAUAUAAUUUAGAUCCAUAA